AUGGACAUUGACGACAUCCUCCGCGAAGUCGACCCCGUCUCGCACCAGAUCCCGCAGGAAACGCGCGACCUGCAAGACCUGACGCGCGCCUGGGUCGCCGAGCGCUCGACACCUGAACUGCUUCCCUGGCCCUCCAACGGGCUGUUCGAGCGCAUCAACGACAAGAUCAAGCGGCAGAUAGAAAAAGUGGAGGAGAUGACGGGCGACAUGGAUCCCAAGACCAAUUUCGCCCUGAUUGUCAUCCAGACCGAGUUGGAGAGGUUCAAGUACUUGGUCAGGUCGUUUUUGAGGACGAGGAUUGCAAAGAUCGACAAACACCUCCUCCACUACAUCUCCAACGAUAACCUCCGAACACGCAUGUCGCAAAUCGAAGAGGCGUACGCGCGAAGACACCAGCUUUUGUUGCACAACCACUACCUCAACUCCUUCCUGGGCACGUUCCCGCCCGCGAUGCAAAACUUGAACGACACGGCGGGCAAUAUCAGCAUGAUUGACAGUCCUGACCUCGACUCGGCCGUGUUCAUUCGCUUGUUGAGGGAUGCCGAGAUUGAAUGUCAUGGAGUCGAUGUCGAUGGUGUGCUCACGGGCAAAGAGGGGGAUAUUGUCAUUCUGAGGUGGUCAGAUGCAAAGGGAUUGGUGGAAAAGGGGGAUGCUGAAUUGGUUUGA